AUGGCCAACAAAGAUGCAGCCUACGUUGCAGGGGUACGCAGCCGGGCAGCGAAGGGCAACUUGCAGAUCAAGGGGGAAAACAUCACCGCCGAGAUUGUGGAUGAAGCGCUCACACGCUUGCCCAAGACGGAAGAGAAGCCCAAGGUGGCCGAGGCCACUCCGGCAGCCGGUGCUCGCUGGACCCCAUCCUCUGCUUCCAUUGCCUCCAUCGUCAGCAAGGCGCUGAUGGAGUGUGAAGAUGCUGAGCAGUACAUGGAGAGGGUCCGGGUUGUCGGGGAUGCCAAGGUGGCAGUCUUGCCAAAGCCAGACGUCAACACCACGCCCACUGGGGAAUUCCUCUGUUCAGAGGAGUGGGCAGACACUGUGGCACGAAUGGUGAAUCGCAAGGACGGCCGUGUCUACGUGCGUCUUCGCAACUGCAGCGGCUGGGUAUCCUCACGAUCCCGAAAUGACUACAACAAGGUUGUGCUGGACGUGGAGGAAGGCAAGGCUCCCUUGGAGCCGGGCACUGCGCAGGUUAUCGCAACCAGCCGGGCCAUGCGCCUGCUGCCGCACAUGACGCAGGAAGGCUACCAGGUCUCCAAUGCCAGCGGCACGAAGGUCCGUCGCUUCCGCACCACUGUCAUCACGCCGAUCCUUCAAACGGCCGAUUGCAGCGCUGUUAACGUUGCCAAGCUACAGCCAAAGGAGGAGUUCCUUUCAGAUGGCGCCUUCCUCCGUGCUGCGGACGGCCGAGCCUACCUUCACCUCAAGGAUGGCAAGGGUUGGAUCUGCGAGCGCACGAAGUCGGAUUUUUCCAAGCUGGCUAUCGA